AUGCCUGCUUACCACUCUUCGUUCCUUGAGUAUGGACAGCUUGUUGGAAAUAUGGCUGUUUUACCAUUAAGAACUCAGUUUCGAGGGCCUGCACCAUCUUCUGACUUGGAACAAGACAUUAUAGAUGAAGCAAUCUACUAUUUCAAAGCAAAUGUGUUUUUUAGAACAUAUGAAAUCAAAAGUGAAGCUGAUUUAAUGCGUCAAUAUCUAUUGCAAAUGAGGCAAGAGACAGGUCUUAGGAUUUGUGAUAAGGUUUAUGGCGAAGACGGCAAGCCUUCCAAAUGGUGGUUAUGUUUUGCUAAAAAGAAAUUCAUGGAUAAAUCUUUAUCUGCUCCAGGACAGUAA